AUGGCGCGUUACCUUUCGCCCGCCAAGACAUGCCUUUUGGCCCUCGUUGAGCUGUACGUGGAGGACGCUGUGCCCCACGACGGCGCUCUCCCGGUUCUUUGCUUCAUAACGUCUCACCUCAUUGAUGUCGAUGUCGAUGUUGAUGUCGCGAGCUUCUCCAAUCCACGCUCCUCUCGCGAUCGCUGGCAGAAGGCACGAGACAUCGUCGGGCUCAUCGCGUCAAUCAACGACUUCGAACAGCUGCUCAGCCCCUACUCGGCCGCGACUGGCCUGCCGGGGCGACGCCUGUGGGACGUGUUCCUACACAAGAUCUGGUCGAUCGACUCGCUACACGCACUGCACCAGUUCUUCGACAGGCUCCGGCUCCUCCUCGCAAAGACCAAAGACGAGCUCAGCCUGCUCGCCGCAUCCGGGUGGCCACCUCCCACGGAAGGCACUCGGCUGUCUCGCAACUCCCCCUUCGGGACGUUUGUGCGACGAUCUCAGCUCGAGUUCGGCCGGCUGCGCUUCAGCGAUGUGGGAGAGCUGUGGAAGGACUUUGUCAAGUACAGGCAGCCCACCGCCUCCGCCUGGCGCCGCCGGAAUCCAGCCGCUGGGCCGCUGAGCUUCGACAGCGUCCUGCUGGCCGGAGAGCACGAAUGGGGUGCUGCAACGGCCGAUAUCGCCGCUGUGGCCUAUGGCGACGUGCUUGACGAGAACGCUGCCCGCCGACUGCCCGCCAGCACGGACGACCUCGAGAUCUUGCUGGAGUUCCAGAUCGACCAGAUGCAAAGAUUUGGUGUCCGAGUACCGGUCAAGAUGCGAAACGAAUAUUCCUCGCUGUUGAAAGAGAGCUACGCCGUUCCGAGUACAUCGCACUAUUUGAGGUGUCUAGACGCAUGGAGAUCCGGCGACUACCCUACAUCGUAUGACUACCUCCAUCAAUACUUCGACUACACGAUGCACAGCAGCCAUCGACCAUUCUACCAAUAUGCACUCCUGACUCUGGCUGUGCUGCAGGCCGAAUUUGGCUGCUACAAGGAAGCAGUCGACGCCAUGCUCGAGACCGUCUCCACCGCGCGAGAGAACCGCGACAUGACGUGCCUCAACUAUGCGCUCAACUGGCUCUUCCACUUUGGGCAGGCGCAUCCGCACCUCGUCAAGGAGCUCGAGUCCAACAGCAUGCUCGGCAGCGGCAAGGAGACCCUCGCCUUCCUCCGGGUCAAGGCCAAGGAAGCCGGCAUGUUUUCGCUCUGGAGCGCUGCAUUGCUGAGCGAGGCCAAGCUGUGUCUCGCCAACGGAGACAGCAUUGCCACCGCGGUGGAGUACAUGGUCAGGAGCUCGCAGGUCCUGGUCGAGCGCAACAUAAAGUACAUGGUGGCGUCACAGACGGCGCUGAGCAUCGCGCUGUGGGACAGGCUCGGGAGUGCGUCCACGACCUUGAUGGCGUGCCGGAUCUUCCUGAUGUGCCACGCCCCACACUCGCGCGUCGACGACUCUCUCAACAUCACCGCACGUCUGGCUAGUCUUCAGGCCGGCCGCGGACAGUACGACGAGGCAAUGAGCCUGCUGGAGAACAUCGACGCAAACGCCCUGAGGACGUGGAAGAUGAAUCAGUACUGGCGCCGGUAUCGUGGGCUUCUCAAAGUGCUGCGAAACCUGCAUCGAAACGAUCUCGACGGCGCCGACUACCUCCUCUCCCAGCUGCUCCAGACCCAGCCAGACGAUCUCGAGGCGGAUCUGGUAUCGAGAGGCUGA